CAAUUCCCUUACUUAGUAAUGGCAUAUGUUAAAUAAGGAAUUGAAUACAUAUCUUUAAAUUCAGUAAUAAUAACUACAACUGCAGCCCUGUAAUAAAUAUUACUGCAGCCCAGACGCAAAAGUUAAAGCCAACCCUGUUCGAGCGCAGAGCUAAACAUACAAAGUUUUUCUUCUGGACACAACAAUUAUUUUAUUUAUUCUUGUGCUACGCAAAAGACUACAAAAUAUUUAGCUGUCGUCGCUCUUUUUGUAAUAAGCGAAAUUUGCAACAACUCGGCGCGUCUCUGGGGCAAUGGAUGUCAAUUCACGUUUACCCGUUCGAUUACCAGGGCCCGCCAUCAGCUCAAUCGUGGGUAACUCGGAGGAGCCGCUCUCCAGCCUAUCCGAUCCCCAUGACUACGAACCAAAGCUGGAGUUUGAUGAUACAGAGCUAUUGACGCCAGCGCCACUCGAGAAAGAUGUUAUGAUCGGUGAUUUUGUGCUAGCCGAUGAUCCCGAGCUUGAGAACGAAGAAAUUGUGAAUCCCUUGGAGGACGAUUUCGAGGAUCAGCUGCGCGAGCAGUCGGAGAACUUUCAAGCUCAAAAAAACAAAUGCGAUUUUCUGGGCACGGAUAAGCAAGGACGUCACAUUUUUGGCAUUUAUGCCUCUCGCUUUCCCGAAAAGUCGCAGCUCGAGGGAUUUGUGCGCCAAGUCAUCAAAGAGAUUGAACCCUUUGUGGAGAACGAUUAUAUACUCGUUUACUUUCAUCAGGGCCUAAAGGAGGAUAAUAAGCCGUCGGCGCAGUUCCUGUGGAACUCGUACAAAGAGCUGGAUCGCAAUUUCCGAAAGAAUUUAAAGACGCUGUAUGUGGUGCAUCCGACGUGGUUUAUACGCGUCAUCUGGAACUUCUUUAGCCCAUUCAUCAGCGACAAGUUUCGCAAAAAGCUAGUGUACAUCUCCAGCCUCGAUGAGCUACGUCAGGCGCUGGGCCUGAACAAGCUCAAGCUGCCCGACACCAUUUGUGAAUUUGACGACAAACUGAACCCAAGUCGCAGCCGUGUAUCGCAGCCAGCAAACCCCAAUGGGCGGCCGACGAUGCAGUUUGGCGUGACCUUGAAAUUCAUUGUUAUGCACAGUCCAUGUCUCAACUCAAUACCGCCCAUUGUGCGCAAGUGUGUGGACUCGCUCUCAAUCACGGGCGUCAUCGAUACAGAGGGUAUAUUUCGGCGAUCGGGCAAUCAUGGCGAGAUUAUGGCUAUCAAGGAGCGUGUCAAUCGUGGCGAGGAUGUUGAUCUCAGCACAGUCAAUGUGCAUGUAAUCGCCGGUUUGCUGAAGAGUUUUCUGCGAGAUCUGGCCGAGCCACUGUUGACCUUUGAGUUGUACGAUGAUGUGACCAAGUUCCUAGACUGGCCAAAGGAGGAGCGUUCGCGGAACGUUACCCAGCUGAUACGUGAAAAACUGCCCGAGGAGAACUAUGAGCUGUUCAAAUACAUUGUUGAUUUUCUUGUGCGUGUCGUUGACUGUGCGGAUCUCAACAAAAUGACCUCCUCCAACCUAGCGAUUGUGUUCGGUCCGAACUUCUUGUGGUCCGGUCGCACAAACACUUCGUUGGAGGAGAUUGCACCUAUUAAUGCAUUUGUUGACUUUGUGCUGCAAAAUCACAAAGCGAUUUAUCUGAUUGAUGUUAAUCAGCGCACUGUAAGCGUAGAUUAGCGGCACCGCUGUACACCACCACACACCACACCACCAACCCCCACACACACAAAGUCCGUAAUUUGUAAAUUGUUUCAUUAAGUGUUAGCGUUAAGAGCCCGUUUUGGGGAGCACAGUGAAAAGCGCAAGCGUUUUUUCGUGUAUAAAGUGUGUUGUAAUUUUAAGUUGAAAAUUUUCUUUUAACCUUGUAAACUGUGCUUGUAAAGGUUCUCUCUGCAACUACUAUUUUAACUAACUUGUUGCCACCUCUCUCAACAGUAUAUUCCUCCUACUAUUUUAACCAACUUGUUGCCACCUCUCUCAACAGUAUAUUCGUGCUCUCCUCUCCUCUCCAAUCCCUUUAAUAAUAAUGUAAUACAUUCAAAUCACGAAUAGUUAAUUUACCAAAGAAAUUUGUACGGUGUUUUAUAAAACAGGAAACGGAGUUACGAAUUACGCAAAAAUAUAUAUAAUUUAAAAUCAAUGCGCACAUUCCGAGCUAAAAACUAAGCUGCUGAAUUUUGCAAAAAAUGCAAGCAACUGGCAGAGCAAUCUGUUGGAAGUGUAGAAAAUUCAAAAAACGUAAUAAGUGUAGAUUAUUGAAUUUCCUUAUUAGUAAUAUAAAUUUUAUAUAACAAAACGGUAUUGUUAACAAAUAAAGUAAAUGUUAAUAUCU